UUAACAAUUUCCCUCCAGAAGUUUCAGCAGAAGGCUGUGAAGCAAACUAUGCAGAAGAAAUCCACGUCGGCUGAAUUUCUGAUGGUUAAAGAAUACACAGAAGCUACAGAAGGUGCCGGGAAUCCAGGUUUUAACAUGAGCAGGCCAGGACUCUCACAUCAGACUCCAAAAGAGAAAGUUAUUAGACAUGACAUGCCGGCUCACACCCUUGCAGUUCAUCAACAAAAAUCCAGGCUGCCAGCCUCAGCAGGACCCAAAGGAAAUGAAUACGGCAGAAAUUACUUUGACCCGCCGAUGGAGGAGGAAAUAAACUCAAGGCAGUGCCGGAUGGAGGUCAGCAGACGGGAUAGAAGGAAGAAGGAGAAGCCUGGUCAGGAAUCACUCAGCUGGUCCAGGAAGAGCCCGGACACCCACAAAGAGGCCGAGGAAGCUACGCUUGUGCACCCUGAGGCAUCUGAGGGGCAUGCUCAGCGAGGUAGCGUUCUGCUGUCAGGCUCUCCAUCAGAACAGAAUUUGAAAUUUGAAAGAAAAGGACUCAGCCAGGACAUCCCCAUGUCAUCUUUGAAGAAGGAAAAAGCAUUUGAGAAAGCUCUGAGCCAGCCGUGCACUGCAGAUGACAAUCCUCAUACAAAGGGAAGUAUCACAGAGCAGUGCUCAUUUCCAGAAGCGAGGAAAGAACCCCAAAGAGCAGAAGGAGCUAGCUGGAAGGGUGAGCAGUCUCAGUUGCCUCGUCUACAAAUACAGAUCAGAUGUAUCAGGGGCCUCAAGGACAAGGCCCCCCAAGGCUCCUAUCACCUUAGAGUGUCUCUACUCAGUCAUCUGGGGAGUUGUGUUUCACAGUGGUGUCAAACAUCGCAGCUGAAGACAAGAACACGCCCAGUUCAUCAUGGUGGCAACUUUUAUGACGUGGGGCUAUAUUUCCACGAAAGCCUUUCUGUGGUACUUCCUCAAGGGAAAGCUGUGCAGCCUGGCUUGUCUUUCUUAUUUGAACUUGUCCAUGGAACAUAUGUUUAUGAUGACCUGAUCAUGGGCUCGGCAGUCUUUCCUGUCUGUGAUAACAACCUACAUCUGGUGGAAGGAAAAUUCAAGUGUCCCCUUCUCCGAGGGCCUUAUAACCAGACACUGGAUAGCUUCAGAAAAAUAGAAAAAUUGAUUUGCCAAGACGUGGAUCAGUGGCUGUGCAAUCUAUAUUUUAAGGUAAUUAAAACUCCUUUGCAUUUGGAUGAUCAAAAAAGCCAUGAGAGCCUCAGGCAGCCUUCUCCUGAACGUCCUGUGUGCUUAAUGGCGGAAGCAGAGCACACAGAAUUUGAUUUGGAUGAUCCAGCUGGCCCUUCAAAGAAAGAACCCCCAAGAAACACCCACGCUGUAAAGGGCGGCUCCAUACACUCUUCUCAGGGGAACAUUUCUAAUAAAAUUGAUCCCUGCCCUAGGGACUGUGAUCUCUGCCUCUUCAAAGAAGUCCAUGACUUACAAGCUAAGGGUGAUAGUUUGGCUGCUCAUUCUGUGAAGGAAAGAUCUACCGUGUGGAGACCCAGAGAGCCUGAAGAUUAUUCCGGGAAUACGUCUUACCUGGAGGAACUGGAGAAACAUCGAUUUUCAGUUUGCUGCCCUUCAGUUGCAGACCACUGUGUAGCUGGAGAGUUAUCCAAGCACCUCCACUUUGCAUUGGUGUCCUUGUUUUCAGAACUUGAAUUAGCUCGAUGGCAAAGCCAGGGCUUCUGGUACAUCCUUCUGCUGAUGGCUUCUCUAUGGUUCCUGAGGCUCUACCUGCAUUACCUGGGACAGUGGCUUUUCCUCUGGGCCCUUUCAACUCCAGUUACAAAAUUUGAGUUUUAUUCCUACACUGUUGAGCUCUGCUACCCUGUUUCUUCCCUUCAUGUCGGAGAAGAGAUGGCUAUGAUUGUAUUGGGGCCUUUAGCACUGAACACAAUCACAUUCCCCUUGCUUCUGAUCAGAUGGGGCUGUCAGCAACUGUUUUCCUCCUGCCCGGAUGCCUUGUCAAAGCUAAUCAUCACGAUGGGACUAUGGACAGUUCUAGACCCAUUGGCGGUGUUUAUAGUGGAUACUUUCCUGGGGCGCUUUGCACAUAAUGGGGAGACUCCUAUUGCAGAUGCAGCCAAACUCUACUGGACGUUCAUGCAAAGCAAGCAACCAGCCAUGCUCGGUGCUGUGAUAACAGUGGUCCUUUACGUUCUUCUGUUUGUCAUCUCUUCCUUGAUUUUGUAUUUGUAUUGCCUCAGGUUGCACCAUGACUCUUGGAUAUUAGAUGCAUUUCAGAGAAUCCACAGUGAAGAAAGCAAGUUCUUCAUGCCCUACGAUUUGGAGAUUUCCAAUCAGGAGCUGAGCCGCAUCAUAAAAAGGUCUAAGCAGUGGAGAGGCAUCAAUGGUGAGAGAAGGAAGGUGGCAGUGUACGAUUAUAUCUGCAAAAGCCAUGACACCAAGUCCAGUGUCUCCAGCUGUGACCCCCACCAUCAGGACAAACUCUCCGCAUCUGCAAUUGCUCCAGGAGGGGUUACUUCCCACAUAUAUGUAUACACAGCUUAUUCCAGUGGUUUUCAAGAGCUGUACCGCCAUUUCCUCAGGCUCCCGGAUGGCGCCAUCAUUGAGGUGUUUGGUGCCGUCAGUGCCUUGCCAUUUGUUCCCAGUGAAGUGAUCACUGCUGUGGAAGAGCACAUAAGAGAAAUAGACACUGUGCAGAGAGAAACUUUUGCUACCACACAAGAGAAAUGGGAAGGCUCCUUGGAAAUAAAAGCACAGGAGCUACUUCCAACAGAAAAUGUCAAAUGUAUCCUUCUAUUAACGGAAAUUAGAACAGUGUUUGAGGGCGUAAUGCAGUGA